AUGCAGAGAUCAGUGUCCACUCUCCGUUUGAGUCCACAGAUCAAAGUUAAAGUCCUCAAUGCGGGGUUUCAUAUGCUCGAUGACAUCAUGCAAGUCAGUGCGCUGGAACUCUGUCGAGAGACGGGGCUCAGCCAGGAGGAGGCAGUGGAGGUGCUACAGGCUGCGAGGAAGGAGGGAGGUGCUGAUGAAGGUGGAGGAUCAGGAAAUGGAGCUUCUCUGACCGCACUGGACCUUCUGCAGAAGGAAGAGGAGCUAAAUCGCAUUGUGACAUUCUCCUCGCGGCUGGACGCUGCGCUUGGAGGUGGACUUCCUGUCGGCAAAACCACAGAGAUCUGUGGGGCGCCGGGAGUAGGAAAAACACAACUUUGUUUGCAGCUGGCGGUGGACACUCAGGUGCCACCGUGUUUUGGCGGUCUGGGAGGUCAGGUGGUUUUCAUCGACACGGAAGGAAGCUUCAUGGUUCAAAGGGUGGUGGAUCUCGCCACCGCUGCGGUCCACCAUUGCACCUUGCUUGCCGAGGAUGCCGAGCAACAGGAUGCCGUGAAAACCUUUACCGUGGAAAGCAUCCUGUCCAACAUCUUCCUGGUGCGCUGCCAUGACUACGUGGAACUCCUGGCCGAGAUCUACCUGCUGCCCGACUUCCUAUCUCUUCACCCGAAGGUCCGCCUCCUGGUUAUCGACAGCUUGGCCUUUCCCUUCCGUCAGCAUUUUGACGAGCUUCGGACACAGCGGACCCGCCUGCUCAAUGGCCUGGCACAGCAGCUAAUCUCCAUGGCGACCAAGCACGACUUGGCGGUGGUCCUGAGCAACCAGAUGACCACGCGGCUGCAAGGUGGACGAUCUGAGCUGGUUCCCGCCCUCGGGGAAAGCUGGGGCCACGCGCCCACCCAAAGACUCCUCCUGCGCUGGGCGGGCUGUCAAAGGCAGGCGACUAUUUUUAAGUCACCAGACCAUCAAGAGGCCACAGUGAACUACCAAAUAACCACAGACGGCUUCAGAGACGAUGACGAAUCAGAGGAGCCGCCUAGUAAACGGCCUCGAACUAAUACUGACCAAUCAGCUGUCUUGUAG